AUUUUCAUAGUGUAUAUGUCAUAUUUUCGUAACGUAUUUGCUUUGUAUAGAAAAGUUCAAAAAUUAGGUGCUGUGGAAAUAGGUGGCCGAAAAGGGGCUGAAGCAUCUUUUGCAUGUAACCGUCGAGGCCAACACCUGUUUGACGUAGGAAGAGGAAUCCGUGUCUCUUAAAAAGCUUCAAAACCAGCAAAGGUUUAAUCCACUACAAACAUGCCUAGCUGUACCCUUAACCAUUACAUAUAUGGCAAUACACUAUACACCUAAAAUCUUACCUGUACCUGUAUCUUUUUAAGGUUAACAGGUAUUGUAAAUCUGUAUUAACUAUAAAUAGUUCAUUUUAAUUAUCUGUAUUCAUCAUUUAUCCUAGCUGUACUUGUAUGUAUUUAAGGUUAAUAGAUAUUUUGCAUCUGUAUUAACCAAAGUAGUUCUUUUUACUAAUUUAUAUUUUUUUUGGUUCACACUUGGUCUCCUGAAGCGUUACUGAAACAAAAUUCAAAAAAAGAAGACACGUAUAAUAUAGACAAAAAAAGAGUCAAAUUUUUAUAAUAAAAUAAAAAUUUCUCAACCAUUAGAUUAAUCCAACGGUCCAGAAAGGGUGGAAGAGUAACCGAAAAAUGAUAGGAAGAGGAGCAGAGUAGCAUAGCCAGGGCGUAUCUAUGUCGAUGUCAGUGCGACUAAAAUUCUGACAAAUAUUUGUAGUCUUAAAAAACUGUCAUUAUCUCAAAUACCCUUUUUUAUGUUCACUCUUGUAAGUGUCAUAUCAUUGUAAAAGAGAAGAAAACAGCAAAGAAAUCCUUUCAAAAGCUCUCUUUUGGUUUACUGUUUGUUUGAGUGAAAUGGCUGCUCCUACAGUUUUUAUCGGAACUUGUUUCCAUUGUCAAUCUCAAUCUGAUGCCUUCUUCUCGGGUUGGCAGCUUCGUGACGGCAGUUUCGCCUUGCUCUGCCAUCCCUGUGGUUCUGCUUUUGUCGAAGGAAGGUUCUGUGAGACUUUUCAUCCUGAAGCCUCUGGUUGGAGAGAAUGUGAUUCUUGUAACAAGGGAAUUCAUUGUGGAUGUAUCAUGGCUGCUCAUUCAUAUGCAAUAUUGGACUUUGGUGGUGUGAAAUGUCUGGAGUGUUGCUUGAAUGAAGCUCUCGCGCUGCACAGAAACUCACCAACCUUCUCGAACCCUGAGGAGAUGCAGGCAUCGGACUCGCAUCCAAAGGCAUCGGAUGACACAGAGGAAACCGUGACUGGGGUUGAUCCAAUUGCAUCACCUGAUUCUGUUGCACUCAAUGCCUCACCUGAUAAGAUAGGCACUCCUACUUCCGGAGCAGUUCCUGCAGCAGAAACUGAAGGAGAGUCCUCCGUGAAUUCACCUGCUGGAACCAAAAAGUCCCGUAAGAAGAAGGGUCGCAAGAAUCGGAAAGAUGCCUCUAAACAGCACCAAAUCCAAGCGAGGUACUCGCCAAAGACCAGCCCAGAGGAGCUUAGGGAAAUAUGCAGACAGGCCAAAUCAAGUCUUAUCCCUUUGUUUGAGAAAAAAUUGACUGCUAGUGAUGUGGACACCAGGAAUGGGCGCCUUGUGUUACCAAAGAGAUGUGCAGAGGCUUAUUUCCCAAAGAUUUCGGGGCAACAAGGAAUCUUCCUCACUGUGCAAGAUACAAAAGGAAAUGACUGGGAAGUUUUCUACCGCUAUUGGUCAAAUACUAAUGGAAAGAUGUAUGUCCUUGAAGGCCUCAAGGAUUACAUGAUCAUGAUGGAAUGGGAAGCAGGUGAUACAGUUACAUUUUAUAAGAGAGAGGAAGAUGAAAAGCUGUUCAUGGGAUUCAAAAAAUAUCAGGCUCCCGAAUCUGCUCAGAAGAGCUCAACUUGAUGUCUGAAAGCGACUUUACCGUUCAAAGGCCAGUAGUCUGAAUCUGGUGCUUUUCAUCAAAGGUGUUGGAAGUUCCUUUUUAUACAUGCUGUCAUCGGUCAGCGAACUAGUAUGUUAUAAAUCAAGGAAGUUUGUUUCUUUGUGGCUGGAAAACUAUUAUGUUUCUGGAAAACUAUUAUGUUUCUUUGUGGCUGGAAAACUAUUAUGUUUCUUUGUGGCUGGAAAAUUAUUAUGUUUCUUUGUGGCUGGAAAACUAUGUUUCUUUUGUUUUUAGUCUAUCUUCAGAGUGACUGUUGCAAUAAGCUUGGUAUGCUACUUUGCAGUACCCUAGGGUUGUUUUCAAACAAUUUGCUUGCAUGUUAGAAAAUUGAACCAUAGUAGUUAUAUUAAUAAUCCUUGUCCUAAAAUCGUGAUACUCUGCCAUGAACUCAAAUUGCAUGCAACUUGACACCAAUAAGUAUUAAAAGGUGUACUGGUUCAUGCCCUGAGCUAUAUUUAUGCAAUUUACCAACGCCCUCCCCCCAAAGAAAAAAAAAUAUUUAUGUGAUGGUUCUUUGAAGGUUUUUGAGCAUCUUAGUUCUUUUAAUUGGAAUGAUGUAUUUGGUGUUCAAACCUUAGGAGUAAUCAACAAAGAACGGAGCAAUUCACUGUAGCUCUAUUACUAAUAACACUUUGAAGAAUAUGUCUUCUUACUUUAUGAUGUUCGUGUGGAAAGAAGAGUAUGCUUUAAUUCUUAGUCUUGAAAAAUUUUAGAAAAAAGAAACAAAAAUCAGUACAAAGCUUGAAAAUAUCACAAUCGUACAGUGUAUGUAUUCAAACAAUAUGUUCUUGAUGUAAGAUGAUUGAUCUUCAGAAAGGAAAUGAAAGCUGAUGUUUUAAUUUUGGUCUAGAAUAAAAUCUAAAAUCUCAAGUGUUAGAAUCAUCAAAACUAAUGGUAAAAAACCAUAUUAACUACAAUGAUUAGAAUGCAAAAAGUUCACUACCUUUAGUAUGUAAGCAGUUCAAUAAAAAGAAGGUAGGGUCAAUCUAGACUAGUCAGGGCCCGAAGAAUCACCAAUCGAGUAUGAGAGUAUCUCUAAGUUUGUUUUGAAUUAAGCUUUUAAGAAAAUGUAUUAUUUGUUGAAGACCCCGUAGCGUUGUGUGGCUUAAUUUGUACUUUUACAGUCAUAUAGAAAAUCACCAAUCAAGUAUGAGAAAGAUCUCUAAGUUUGUUUUGAAUUAAGUUUUUUAGUAAAUGUAUAUUUGUUGAAGACCUCGUAGCCUUGUGUGGCUUAAUUUGUAGUUUUGCAGUCAUAUAGGAAACUUCUGUAUACAAUUUUCUGAAAAAUCCAACAUGGAUCUCUCUUUAUCCUAUGGAAAGAGAUUGAAGUGAAGAUCUUUUCAAGUCUUGUGGUUGAUUUUAAUACAAAAGGGAUUCUUCGGUUCAUCUUUUAAGCUUGAAGAAAUUGGAAUUCACAUUAAUACUUCACUGAUUAUUUGGACUAUGAAUAUAACAUAACAAAUUUCUAGAUAUAUUGAGUCAAAAAUAUGGAUUUUUUUAUUCAUAGGAUUGCUUGCCGGAACCCUUCCACUAGUUUCCUUCAUGUCAUGAUUUGCUAAUUUCCUUUCACCUUUCGUUCUAGUUUUAGUUUCUUUAAAAUGCAUUAUGUUAAGAUAUCUUAUGAACAAUAAUACAUGAACCUAUUGAAGACGACGUGCAACUCAUGUUUGAUGUUGCCUUCGUCCUGCCGUAAAUUUUGUAGCUCCUGUCACGGAAGAUGCAAGUGAUUGGCAUGAAUGAUAAGAAGACAAAAGCUUAUAUUCUGUCAGAAUGAUGAUGGAAACCUUCAUUAUCGGCAACUGAAAAAUGUCGCUUGCAUCGUAAUUAAGCUAGUUCAAACUGAGUUGUUACUUGUGAAUGAUCUAAAUCCGAGAUAUUUUCCAUCAAAAUUCUAGUAGUGGGACAUACUGAGUUGGCUUCUUUUGUUUCGAAUCUAUAAUUAGUAAUGCUAUCAAGUUUAACCAUUAUUAUACUUAAAUGUCAAAACUCAGGAAUCUAUUCUGCAAUUAAUUCAGUAAGCUAUAUUUAGUAAUAAACUUCACACUGCAUUAAUUAAUGCCUUUGUUUGGAAGUAUUAUUAAGUUCCUUAUCUGUCUGCGAUUUCUAUAAUCUGAUAUCAUAUAUGGAAAUUUGUUAACAGAGAGUAUUUUGACAUCUUUAGUCUAUUAAUGGAUUUUUUUUUCUAUAUUUAUCAGUUAUUUAGCUACACAUGCUUGUACAUGCAUACAUCAUAAUCUGUCUCGUAAAUUCAUAAUAUUUGGUCAUAUUACAUUGCUUAAUGAUAUCUAAGACAUUUCCUGCAAACUAAUGAAAAAACAGUCUUUAACCAGAUAAUAUUUGGUCAUAUUACAUUGUUUUUUGGACCUGGAAGUUUAUUACUUUGUGUAUGUAUCAUGUUUGAUGGUCAUGUUUUUGAACCCUAUAACUAGGAAAAAUCCUAAAAGUCAUAUAGAACAAAAUAAAGGUCACAUUUGUAUGACUAUGGGAGUUACAAAUAGCUUUGUCAGGUAUUAAGCCUUUUGCCAUUUGUUGAUUUAAUGUGGAUUCUUUUAUGGCAGUUACAUUUUUGUGUCAGAGUAGGUUCAAGGACAUAUGAAAGAUACCUCGCUUCGUAAUGGACAAAAAGAGGAAGUAUCCUUGGCAUGUCAAACACUCGUACGUUUUUCCACUUUGAUGACAUAACAAGAAAAGCUGUUCGACUGGUUGACAAUUGUCGGGCUAGAUUUCAAUUCCGAUUCCUACCCCACACUGCAUUCUAUCUAUAUAGCCUGAAAAACUGAGGUCAUACCUAUAAGAAACGAUUAAUUGAGGAUGGUUUUAAACGACAAAAAGGCCAAAUUUAUGAUUUGGUAACACAGAUGCUAAUCUUGCACAAUUUCUGGUAUUGUAGGGGGAUGCAGUUGCUACCAAAGUAAACAUGUAAUGCAGUAGGUACCUUGCUCAAUCCAUUAUGGAUUUCCGUAUCCUGACUGGGAAUGUUUUGGAAUUCAGGUCAGAUGUACAAUUUUUUGUAGUCACAAUUUGUUUAAUCUGAUGAAGAUUGUAACUUGGGACUUAUUGGAUUUGGCCAGAUUGUUAUUAUCUUUCCUUCAAAGAGAAUUUUGUAAAACACAGUCCAACAGCAAAGAAGUGAGUGCUGCUGGCUCCGUGCAAUUAUCUAUAACAGCACAAAUCAUGAGGAAAUGAAUAAUGUAUCUGCAUAUAUACAUAUAUAAAUGUUCUCUUUAUGUCGUGUUUGAACUGUAAAAGAACUCAGUUUUCUGAGAAGAGUAGCAUUUGGAAAAAAGAAAAACAGCUUAUGAUGAGAA